AUGUCACUUGACAGGAAAAUGAUACUUCCUUUAAGGCUACCGCUGAAGCAUAUCCUUAAUGUCAUCCUUGGUCUCUUUUUCAAGGGGAAAAAGAAGCCAAGGCUGGCCUUAGGGCUGCGACCGCGGUAGCUCUAAUUCCUCCAACGAACAGUGCAGUUGUAAUGAGUAGCGCCAGAAGAAGUACAUCUUCUUCAACAGGAACAACUGGCUUUGGCAACAUCGCUGGAAACAUCGCUACGGAGCCACGUGGUGUUGCCUCAGUACCAUUAGUUGCGAGUGCUCCAUCUUAUCCAUCUUCGAGUGGUAGCAACAUGAUGUUAACAACAGCGUCAUCGAACUCCAAGACUACGACGACAAGAUUUGUUUGGCCUGCUGCACCCGUCGCUCGUCCAUGUCUUACACCGCCACAACCAUUGCAACUCCCAAAUCUCGUUCCACUGUCUGCGCGGUCGUCGACUAUUUCAUCUGCGAGGUGA